UGGCCUGUGGGUGGCGCCAGUGUUCAUCUGACAUCACCGGAAAUGCAAACAGGCCAAGGGGCAGACGUGGGCAAGAAGACACAAACUUACAUAAUUCCAUACAGCGCUUUGGUGGUGAAAUUGCUCAGUGUUCAGCAUUCCUCUGGAUCUUCUCGAGAUUUCUGAGGAUGGUGGAACCAAGUGGGAGAUAUCAGCAGUUACCCAGUGAGGAAGAAGCAGAGGCGGGGCCUCAGGUGAGUACUGAUGCUCCGCCCCCUUACAGCAGCAUCGCAGCAGACAAUGCAGCAUAUUUUGAUUAUAAAGAAGAUGCUGCAUUCCCCAAACCUCCAUCUUACAACGUAGCCACGUCGCUGCCGUCGUAUGACGAGGCUGAGAGAAGCAAAGCGGAAACGUUUGUUCCUCUGGUGGCAGGACGAGAUGAUGACUUUGUGGCCAGAGAUGACUUUGAGGAUGCAGACCAGCUGCGAAUCGGCAACGAUGGCAUUUUCAUGCUGACUUUCUUUAUGGCAUUCCUCUUCAACUGGAUUGGUUUCUUCCUGUCUUUCUGCCUGACCACCUCGGCGGCGGGUCGUUACGGCGCCAUCUCCGGCUUCGGCUUAUCCCUCAUUAAGUGGAUCUUGAUCGUGAGAUUUUCUACGUAUUUCCCUGGCUACUUUGAUGGGCAGUAUUGGCUGUGGUGGGUGUUCCUGGUGCUCGGUUUUCUGCUCUUCCUCCGAGGCUUCAUCAACUACGCCAAGAUCCGCAAAAUGGCCGACUCUUUCUCUGCUCUCCCAAGAACCAGAGUCCUGUUCAUCUAUUAAAGCUUCAUGUUCUUGAGCUUCUCAGCUUGUUGGAAACCGAUACUGAAGUUCUGGCCUCAGCGGAGCCGAGGGACCACCACGUAUUUAAAGAAAAAAGAAAAUAGAAACACCCUCCAUGUGUAAUAUACUGAAAGAAAAGUCACGUGUUUAUUUCAGGAUGAUGGAUGAGGAGUGAUUUAUUUUUUUUUUUCCUGCUUUGAUUAACGCCACUUGAUGGAUGGCGUGAUACACUUUCUGUGUUUCUCGAUGUAAACUUGUGGAUGUUGAUAUCUCUGUAACUGUGCAGAAACCAUUAGUGAUUUAAGGUUAAGCGCUUUUUGCAUUCUUGGAUUUGUAAAUGAAUGACAUGUGAUAAUCUGCUAAGUAGUAAAGGCAUGCGUCGUGCCCUGGUAGCCCAUAGGGGGCAGUCUCGUUUUUAUUUUUCUUUAGUUUUAUUUCCUCUUUUUUUUUUUCCCUUGUAAUGACGUUGGACAGAGAAGCAGCCAGUGGCUGUUGGUCACCAUUCACAAAUAUCUUUUCCUUUCUGUGAAUGGCAGUGUUGGAUGAAUUGAAUUUAAAGCAACACUUCUCUCUCUCUCUCUCUCUCUCUCACACACACACACACACACACACUCCGUCUUUCUCUACAUGACAUGAAAUUAAAAUUUCUCCCUUUUUUUUUAUUAGAGUCGUUACAUGUGAUGUGGUCAGGCAGUAUGCUUUUAUUGUCUGUGUAUUUAUUUUAAACAUGGGAAGUCCCAUAAAAUAAAAGUUGGAGUGCAAUUAUGGAGUGUUUUGUACGUGUUGUACGUCACGCCAUGUGGAAUUAAGCUAUAACUCAAAAUAAAUAUUUAUCCCUUUA